CCGCGGGGAACUUAGUGAUGGGUGGAGGAAACUUUGAAAAUUGGAUGCUGCAGACUCGGUGCUUCUUUUUUUCCAAUCUGGAGUCAUGAGCAGCAGGAAACUAAGACGAGUGGGUUUAUCACAGGAACUAUGUGACCGUCUGAACAGACAUCAGAUUGUUACCUGUCGGGACUUUUUAUGUCUUUCCCCACUGGAGCUUAUGAAGAUCACUGGCCUCAGUUAUCGAGGCGUCCAUGAACUUCUGCGUGUGGUCAGCAGGGCCUGUGCCCCACAGAUGCAAACGGCCUACGAGAUAAAGGCACACAGGGCUGCUGCCGUCUCGCCUGCGUUCCUACCCACAGCCCUCUCUGCACUGGAUGAAGCCCUGCACGGCGGUGUGGCUUGCGGGUCCCUCACAGAGAUUACAGGUCCACCAGGUUGUGGAAAAACUCAGUUUUGUAUAAUGAUGAGUGUCUUGGCCACCUUGCCCACCAGCAUGGGGGGAUUAGACGGAGCCGUUGUGUACAUCGACACAGAAUCAGCGUUUAGUGCUGAAAGACUGAUUGAGAUAGCAGAAUCUCGUUUCCCCAGAUAUUUUAACACUGAGGAAAAAUUACUUUUGACAAGCAGUAAAGUUUAUCUUUAUCGGGAACUCAGCUGUGAUGAAGUUCUUCGCAGGAUUGAAUCCUUAGAAGAAGAAAUUAUUUCAAAAGGAGUUAAACUUGUGAUUAUUGAUUCUGUUGCAUCUGUGGUAAGAAAGGAGUUUGACACACAACUUCAGGGCAACAUGAGAGAAAGGAACAAGUUCUUGGCAAGAGAAGCAGCAUCCUUGAAAUAUUUGGCUGAGGAAUUUUCAAUCCCAGUUAUCUUGACGAAUCAAAUUACAACCCAUCUGAGCAGAGCGCUAGCUUCUCAGGCAGACCUGGUGUCUCCAGCUGAUGAUUUGUCCCUGUCUGAAGAAAAGCUGUUCCAGAUGAUCCUUUGUCGGGCAUUCUGCUAAAUCUGGAUGAAAAGACAGAAUGUCCCUAUAAGGACUCAGAACUAAGUCCUCUUUAGAUUCUGCUCACUAGAGUUGAUUUGCUCACCGGUGCUAAGAAAAUUAAGAUUACGAGGCCGUAUUCCUUUAUCUGGCAUUAACUUGGACAAGCCACCUCACUGAUUGGACCAGUACAGAAGUCCCCUGUUUACUCUAAAACAGCAGUUUGAAGACAUAUCCUACUGAUAGCUUCCUGGGACAUGAAGGUGGCAUGGUUGGAGCUGAAAGGACUCGUGGGGACAAGUGGAGAAAAGGAAUCGCCAUCAUGUGACUGGCCCGCUGGGCCCAGCCCUGCCGGUCUCUGACUUGGACCGCUGCCCUUCCAGACAUCGGCCUUGUUCACAUUCAUUAUGGUCGUUUAGUUUACACUGAUCCGUGUCCAGAUAAGAAACCAAAUUGGGGGAAAAUCAUUAGUUCUUAAUUUGCUCUUAAAUUUUUCUCCAUUGGAAAGAACCAGUGCCUCCUGUCAUUUGGUGCUAAUUCCCCUUUAGUAUUUUCAUGCCUUUGGAUACCUGUGAGCUGGACCCUCAUUAAGCAGGAUGGGAAUAUAUUGUGCAAGUCAUUAGUUAGCUUUUCAAAGUAGCAACCGAAAGAUUAUGGCGUCUCUCAUUUUCACUUUUUCAGAAUCACUAGCUAGUGGAUCCGUGGUUCUCAUUCCUGGGCGAUGUGGCCGUUCCGGGGACAUUUGGCAAUAUCAUUUUGGUUGCUAACCAGAGGGAAAUGCCACUGGCCUUCUACCCAGGGACACCGCUAAGCAGCCUACAAUGCAGAAGAAGCCCCCACAAGCAAGACUCAUCCAGCUCAAACUGCCGACAGUGCUGAGGUUAAGAACCCUCUGCUGUAAACGCAGCCCAGAUAUACACACUGGAGGAAGGUCACCAAACUAGAUGUCAGUCAGUUACCAGCUUCACUCCUUCAGGCUGCUGCCCUCUUUCAACAAGGGGUCGUGCCUGGCUACUUCCCAUGACAGGCGGCUGACCCUUAGGCUUGGAAAGUGGGUUCCACAAUGAACUUCCACUUUCAGGAAGAUUGUUUCUGUUUCCCUUACAAUGUUACUCUCCACACUCUCUGUUCAAGUUUCCCACCAGUUCAUUUUGUUGCCCCUUAUUAUCAGGCAUGUGAUCAGAGAAGAAUAUAAAUAUUUCCCCAAACAUCCUUUGGUCUAAAGUUGACCCUGCCAGCUGGUGAGCGGCAAAUUCUUACGGCUGAGCUCUUAUUCUCGGUGUCAUUGCCAUGGCACUGUUCUAAGAAGACAGAGGUCGUGGGCAGGUAGUGCCCACGAGGGUCACUGGGUGGGGAAGUUUAGGGGGGUGCGUGAGAAUGAGGAGUAGACCUCCACUCACAGGCUGCUCUCUCAGUAUCCCUGCCUGGGUGCACAUCCUGUUGGCUCCUUCAGCAGUCACUUAAGUGUCUUCGCAUUAGUCAGCUUUUCACCUUGCAAAAGCAAAACCCACUUGCAUCAAUGGAGUUUAACCUAAUUUUUAAGGUUUUGUAUGACUAUAUCGAAUGAAAUAACGAGGUAGAAUAGGGGAAAAAUAAACCUGCAUGAAUCGGGAAUCCUCUUAAACCUCCUUUUUUCCCGGAAAGUCUUCUGUUGUUUACAUGGUUAGAAUUUUAUUAUGAAAGAGACUUCUAUUAUUUUUAAAAAAUGAACCAAUUUUCAAAAGUUUCAGGCAGGAUUUUCCCGUAGAGCUCUGUCCUGGCUGACCUCGGUGCUAGGUGAGCCUCCGAGCAGCUGGCGCGGUAAUGCCACCUGGAAAGAACCACCAUUGGAAAAGCAGCAGAGCAGCCCCUGGAAGAGGCACAGGGUGGCAGGUGACUUGUGAAGCUGUGGUUUGCCCCCCAGGGCGGCGAGACUGACGUGUCCACCCUACGCAUGCACUAGAUCACUUACUCCUGGUGGUUAGUGCCUGUGAAGGAACCCACUCCACAGCUUAGAGUUCUGACUACAGAAAACUUGUUUCAGGGUCAGAGUAAAGGUUCCCUCUUU